AUGCAGAUCAACUCUGUUCUCCUCGCCAUAGUUGCUUUCGCUGUGGGCAACGCCGCUGCAGUUGUACCUCGUAAUUUCAUCGACGGAAAGGGCAGUGCCCUAUUCGGCAACGCUGGCACGGCAUGCUCGGUGGGUGCCCAGGACGGCGAAUGCGACCAGUUCGGCCGCUGUGUCCAGUUCAUCCCACCCAACGAGCAGUCUAUCCUCAACCAGGGGAGGGAAGUUGAUACCUGCACCGCUGGUGGACAGACGGGGACUCUCUGA